AAGUGUAUAUUGAUAGGGGUUGAUAUUUCUGAAAGAAAUUUCAGUUCAUAAAAUGUCUGUUAGUACUGAAAGUACGAAUAACAACACUUGUGUUGUGUGUUACAAAAAUGUUGAUAUUUAUAGCAUUGGCAUGUGUGAACAUCCUGUGUGUUAUGAAUGUAGUACUCGAAUGAGGGUUCUUUGUUGUCAAAAUGAGUGUCCUAUUUGUCGUCAAGACUUACCAAAAGUUGUAUUUACAAAGUUGAUAAAACCUUUUCGUCAAUUACAUAAAGGCGACUUGCUAGAUACACGAUAUAAUAUAUAUUUCGAUACACCUGACAUUCAAAAUAAAUUUUAUGAUUUAUUGGCUAAUGUUUGCUAUAUUUGCAAAGAAAAAUCUGUGUUUAAUAAUUUCAAUAGUUUGAAAGAUCAUAUGAGAUAUCAACAUGAAUUACAUUACUGUGAUCUUUGCGUGGAAAAUUUAAAGAUAUUUUCCCAUGAAAGACGUUGUUAUACAAGGUCCGACCUUGCACAGCAUCGAAGAAAAGGAGAUGUGGAUGAUAAAAGUCAUAAAGGACAUCCUUUGUGUGAAUUUUGUGAUCAGCGUUAUAUGGAUAAUGAUGAACUAUUUCGACACUUAAGAAGAGAUCAUUUAUAUUGUCAUUUUUGUGAUGCAGAUGGUUUACAUCAAUACUAUAGCUCAUAUGAUUAUCUUAGAGAUCAUUUCAGACAAGAACAUUUCUUAUGUGAAGAAGGAAUGUGUGUUGAGGAAAAAUUUACAAGUGUCUUUAGGACUGACAUAGAUCUUAAAGCACAUAAGGCAAGUGUUCACAGUAAACAAUUGAGUAAAGCUGCUGCAAAGCAAGCAAGAACAUUAGAGCUAGAAUUUACAUUAGCUCCACGUGGUGAAAAUCGUAUGAAUAGAAGAGGGAUGCCAGGUCCAUCAAAUACUUCAAAUGUAUUUAUGUCAAACAACGAACCUACUUUUGUACAGCAACCAUCUGUGGAUGUACAGAGUACAGAAGAAUUUCCAACACUGGGUAAUACUGCACCUGUUGUACCUACCUUAAAUCAAAAUAAAGGUAGAGGAAAUGUAACAAUUCGUAGUACCAUAAGACCUCAGCCUCUUGCUGUUACAGACGAAAAUUUUCCUGCAUUGGGCCUAGAAUCAGGAAGUACAAGCAUUUCUAAAACUGUUAACUUCAGUGUAUCCAGCAGUAAUGCUUCAGGAUCAAGUGCACAAUCACAAAAGAGCACAACUUCUAAUGUAUCUAUCCAAGUAAAUCAUGAACCAAAUGGGACUGUUACUACAAAAGUAUCAGGUCCUAAUAUCAGAAUUCGUCCUGCUCAGCUUUCCAUGGAAUCAUUUCCUGCAUUAGGUACUGUAGAACCAUCAACUAGUAGUAAUACAAAUUCAGCUCAUUGGAAGGAAGUUUUACAAUGGACUUGUUCUAAGUCAGCAUCCACAUCAGUACCAAAACCUAAAAAAGUGGCCUCACCGCCAUUAGUACCCUCCCCACCACCUAUUCAAUCUGGGGAAGAUUUUCCUACAUUGUCAAAGUCAUCAAAAUCGAAGAAACAAUCAACAAUUACAGUGGUUCCUUCUUGGGGUCAACCACAGAGUUCUAAUAACAAUAAUAAUAUAAAAACAACUACUGAUAUAACAAAAGGAAAAACGAAAAAGAAAAAAGUGAAACAAAAUUGUAAUAAUAAUAUUGCUAACGGAAAUGAUAGUAGUACAAAAACGAAUGUAAGUACUGUGGUAGUAAAAAAAGAAUGUGAGACACCAAGAAAUGUAUCUAAUACGAAUAGCGUGGAUGCUGUACAGUCAAGUUCUCAGUCUAUGCAAAAUGCAGAUAACAUUAAUAACAGUGAAAAUACAUCUAAGAAUAUAAAUGUUCAGCCUCUAAAGGAAUUGGAACUAAUUAAUAGAAAGGAAAAGAAAAAACAUAAAAAUAUAGACAAUGAAACAAAUAUAAAUACAGAUUCUGAUAAUAAUUCUUCUAUUGGAGUACAGCGAAAACGCACUGAAUUAAAAAUAGAUAGCUUAAAUUCUACUAAUAGAAAUGUCCGUCAAUUAGAAGAAUUUCCAGCUUUAAGUAGCACCAGUUCCAAACCUUCAGGUUUCACAAAUCCACCACCUGGAUUUGGAACAACUCCUCCACCUCCUGGAUUUUGUAUAAAAUACAAUAGCAUGGAUAAACUGAACAACAGUAAUGGAUUAACUUUCACAAAUAGUUCUGGAGAGAGUUACUCUAUCUUGCCAGACAAUAGUAAGCACAAUAGUGCAUACAACUAUGUACCUCCUCCAGAAUUUCAAAAACGGAACAAAUGUCUCGUGGCCAAAGUUAAUGAAGUUCUGAUGCAACAUGAUCAGAUCGAGGAAUUUCGGUAUAUAAGUGGAUUAUUCCGUCAAGGAACGCGUAACGCUCAAGAUUAUUACACGCACUGUCGCGAAGUUAUGGGUCUCAGCGCUUUCGAGAAUGUAUUUCCAGAGCUUUUAGUUCUCUUGCCAGAUAUCGAAAAACAGCAGGAAUUAUUUAAAAUCCAUAAAAGGGAGAGUGGCAAUAAACUUAAAGGCUUAGAAAUUUGUGCAACUUGUGGCCAAGUUUUGAAAAAUGGUUCUGAUUUUCGAACACACAUGACUAGUCAUACAUUAGAAAAUCAUUUUCCAGCAUUGGGUAAAAAUAGUGCCCAGCCUCAAAAAAAUUCUUGGGUACGUAAAUGAGUAUGGUAGUGUUCCUUUAAUUAACUUACAAAUUUUGCCAAGGUUCUGUAAGCUAUAAAUAAAGGAACUGCUGAACAAAUUAUUUUUAUGAAUGGCAUCAGUGUAAGAUAAUCAUAAUUUGAAGCUACUGGUAAAACAUAUUCCAAGUGUCAGCUCCUAAUAUUAAAAGAUUAGUUUGAACAAAUUAAUUACCAUGUUGUACUUGGUACUUGUUCAAUGACCUGUGUGAUUGCUGCCUAAAAUAAAGAAAAUUUGU